AUGAGCGAGCGGCCGAAAUGCGCGAAGUGUGCGAAGGAAAUCGUUGGCAAGGGCGUUUCCGUCGAAGGCGGCUGCUACCACCCCGACUGCUUCUGUUGCGACAGGUGUAAGAUCCCACUCUCUGGGCGAUUCAAUCGAAAAGAUGGUCAGCGAUUGUGCGAGGGCUGCACACCAAGCUCCUACUGUGAGGCUUGUCAUAAAAGGAUCGAUGGUAAGGAGACGCGAGCAGAAGGCAAGACCUGGCACCCCGAAUGCUUCAGGUGUGUCAGGUGUGGAAAGGCGAUCGCCAACUCCUUCUUUCGCGUAAACGGAGAGCUGAGGUGCCACGAUUGCCAGCAGCCUGCAGUGCCUGCAGCUGGAGCCCCUACCAGAGCGGCAGAGGAGCUCCCGACCUGCCGUGGGUGCCGAAAAGCCAUCAGAGAGGAGGAGCCGAGCAUUCUGGCCGACAAGAGCGACAGGUUUCACGAGCAGUGCUUUGUGUGCGCAGCAUGUGGUGAAGCACUUACCUCCUACGUCAUUCUGGAAGCCCGCAAGUACCAAUUCCAGGAGUGUCCGUAUUAUUGCGAGCCCUGUGCUGACAAGUUGGAAGCCAAAGAAGCUCCAGAAGGAGGCACAGCUGGCAGCAAACCUUGUGCGGCUUGUGGUGGUCCUUGUGGUGGCCGGGGUACCGUCGACGAUGCUUUCCAGCUGAUGGACGGAUGUGUCCUCCACUGGAAGUGUUUCCAGUGCAGCAUGUGCGGCAAAGCCGAGCAGGCGCCAGCGGAUGGACGAAUGCAUGCAGUGACACUGCUGCGGAGCAAGGUUGGUGCCUUGCUACAGGGAAAGUACGUGUGCGCAUCGUGCGACGGUGUGGGAAAGAAGGUCACCGGCGAGGUGUGCCAGCGGGAAGAGCAGUGCGCUUCGGCGACCAGGACCACGGGGACCACGGGGACCACGGGCCGCUUCCUGACGCUGGAGGAGCUGAAGGAUGCAGCCGUGUGGAAGUCGCUGGGAGUGGAAGCCGGCUGCCGUGAGCAGAUGCUGAGCGACGACGACUUUGAAUCUGCCUUUGGAUCCACGAAGGAGGAGUUCCAGAGACUGCCGGGGUGGAAAAGGACGCAAAAGAAGAAGGAGAUGGGUCUCUUCUGA